CACCCGUCGUUGUUUGUGGAGUUCCUUGGAUGGUUCGAAGAUCCCAAUACCUUGUAUAUCGCAAUGGAGUAUCUCGAGAUGGGCGACCUCAGGAGGUACAUGGGUAAACCGUUGCCGCAAAAGACUGUCCAGGAGAUUGCCAAGCAACUACUCACGGGUUUGGACGUCAUGCAUCAGAAGGGGAUUGCGCAUCGGGAUAUUAAACCAGAG